AGUCAUGUAACAACCUUCAUAUAAACCCUAAUUAUUUCCGCCACUCUCUUCCGCCAUAUUUGUUUUUUCCCCCGGGAGCUAAGUUAAGCUAAAGCUAAACUAUGGGAAGCGAUACCGAAGCAGAGAAGUCGAUUCAAAAAGAGAAGAAGAAGUACGCUAUUACCCUUGCUCCUAUCGCUAAACCUCUCGCCGGCAAAAAACUGCAGAAGAGAACCUUCAAACUCAUUCAAAAAGCUGCUGGAAAGAAAUGUUUGAAGAGAGGAGUUAAAGAAGUGGUUAAGAGCAUCAGACGUGGCCAGAAAGGGUUAUGUGUUAUAGCUGGAAACAUAUCACCUAUUGAUGUGAUUACACAUCUUCCAAUCUUAUGCGAAGAGUCUGGUAUUCCUUAUGUAUACGUUCCAUCCAAAGAAGAUCUUGCGCAAGCUGGAGCAACAAAACGGCCAACGUGUUGUGUAUUGGUCAUGCUUAAACCGGCAAAAGGAGAGUUAGCUGUAGACGAUCUUGAAAAGUUAAAGACAGACUACGAACAAGUGUCUGAAGAUAUUAAGGAGCUUGCAUCUUCUGUAAUCUGAUUAGGAAAACUAGAAUCGGAAAGACACACACUUUAACAUGUGUGUUUUUGUUGUUGCCGUGGUGGUUAAAUGAAAUAUCAUGAUAUUUAUUUUUGCUCUUGUUCAAUUUUGUGGACAAUUCGAAGUUACUAGUAUUGUAAAAUUUAGAAUCAUAACUCCUUUGUUUCGACUUGACUAGUGGGCUUUUUUUUGUUUUGGCGUUU